AUGGAUGAGACCAAUGGCUACCCUCCAUUUGAGGACCAGGACCCUGUGAUCUCCUCGAUGCUCCGCUCCAAAAUGGGCACGAAGUCUGAUAAUGCACGCAUCUUUAUCCCCAACCGCAAAUCAUUCAACACAUCCUCUGUCGCCUAUGUUACCUACAAAUGGGUGAAGAUUCCAAUUUCUUGUGGUUUAUGUGAUCAGGCUUUCGAGUCAUUUGACGAGCGCCAGCUUCACCGUAAUCAUACCCACGGGGUGUCAGAAGGCACCAACCCGCUCCCCGAUGCAUGA